ACUAAACGUGAAACAACAGAGAGUACCACAUUGUCGUUCUUGGCUCAGGGUAUCUGGAUUGAACGAUAUGACCCAACUAUUGAAGACUCGUAUCGCAAGCAAUGUGAUGUCGAUGGUCGACAAGUCAUCCUCGAGAUCCUCGACACGGCUGGAACAGAACAAUUCAGUGAGUCUAGAAUCACUCUACCACCCUGA